GAGCUGUCCUUGGUCACGUGACGAACGAGUCACAUGAUGUUUGUCAUCCUCACCAGACAUAAUGGCAAUCUCAUCGGUGUUUUGUCUGCUUCUGCUCCACUGAACGUGAAUGUCCAUACGACUGGAGUUACUAUUGAGAAAAAACUGAAACAGAUUAUUGAGGCUGGCUGAGUCUAUGGAGGGAAUGGAGGAUGAAGGACCCUCGUCUCUGGACCAACUUCCACACACAGACGAUGAGCAACUGUCAGUGCAGGAGCAAGCAUGUGUGGAGAGCUGCACCCCUCUAGAAAAUGUGUGUGUGGAUAAGAAUGCCGUGUGCAAACUCACAGAGGGAUUACUCUCCCACUACCUGCCUAGUCUGCAGAACUCCAAACGUACGCUCCAAGAGCUCACACAAAAUCAGCUCAUAUUGUUAGACACCUUGGACCAAGAAGUUACCAAGUUCCGAGAUUGCAAUACCUUACUGGACCUAAAUUCAUUGUUUACAGAGGCCAAGGUUUACCACAACAAACUGGUCAACAUCAGGAAAGAGAUGAUUUUGCUCCAUGAACGGACAACAAAACUGAAGAAAAGAGCUUUGAAGCUGCAGCAACAGAAGCAGAAGGAGGCACUAGAGAAGGAGCACCAACGUGAGAAGGAGCUGGAGAGAGAACGGCAACUCACUGCGAAACCUGCCAAAAGAACAUGAGACCCUGCUACAUUGUGGUCUUGUACAUUUCAGGCUAUUUUCUACAAAUCAAUAAUAAUUUGCAUUACAGGUAACCGGUUAGUAUUUAUAGGCUUUUUAAAACAUUCAAGAAUCAUUAAAGAAGUAGACACUAGUGAAGACAUGUCAGGCAAGGAUUGUGAUGACAUGACAUCCAAGCAUAAUCUGGUACAGUAUAUCACAAGACCACCAGACAGUGUUGACUAUGUAUUUUUAAGCCUUCUACACAGCCUUUGUUGUGGUUCACACUGUAUUCAAAUCUACCAGCUUUUUAGUUUUAGAAAUGUUCACAUGAACAUGGUAAUGCAGUAAAGGUGCACAGGGCAAUUUCAUGUUUUCUCCAUGUCUCGCUAAUGUUUUUCAGUGGAGAAAAAUGGUUUAAUGUCCACUUGUCAAGAUAGGACGUAAAAGGUUGCAAUGAGGAUGUGGAGAGAAUAUUUGAUAUUUAUGAACUUGGUAUCAAAAUCACUACUUAAAACUAAAUAACAAUAAUACCAAUAAAACAAUGAUAACAAUCCGGACUGGAACAGCACACAUUACACGUACUUGCAUAAUAUAAUCUAAUGGUUCUGUUAUUUUCUGUCAUGCCCCCCCCAGGGGAUAGAAAUGUUUUCACACACCCCUUAUUUGAAAUACUAUUGAGAAACUGAUAAUAGCAAUGAUGAUCUGUUUAUCUGUACUGAACAGACUAAACUCAAAACUGAAACCAGGAAAAUGCAACAUAAUGGAGAGCUGUGACGCAUACAAGUAUUCAAGAGUCCAAUUGCAUGUUGAGUACAAUAAAUUUGUACAUGUUGGCAGGACAGCAGUAACAUUGAAAGUAUUCCGUACCCCCCCCUAAAAAAAAAAGUUUACUGCAUCCCAGUAGGGGGGGCCGCCCCACUAUUUGAGAAGCACUGAUCGAAAAACAUAACUUGAUCGAAGUUGCCAAUAACGUUUAAUUUGGUUAUGUUUGUUACGGUUGUAGUUUAUUCCUAUUAUUUGGUCAGCAGCAGUUAUAUUUAUUUUUUACCAAAGGUCUACUUUUUUGCUGAUCCUGGACAAUUCCCCCACAGCAACAUUGCACUUGUGAAUAACUAAAGUGGUACAAUACUGUAUGUGUAUUUCAGUCACUAUCUACUCAAUAACUAAAUGUGAUGGAGUUUAAACCAAAGAUGAUAGCUUUAACAAAUCAUGGUACUUCCAACUGUCAACCCCUGAUGAAACCCUUAAUCAAGGCAAAACUAUCCUGUGUUGUAUUGUUUUGUUGUUGUUCAGAUAAAGUGUUAAUAUAACUUGAGUGUUUCAAAUGUUUUACAACUUUGGUUUUAAAAUGAUUGAUGUGUAUCAUAUUUGACUGACGAUGAUUCCAGAUCUUACACUGUUUUCAUAUGUACUGUAUUUGAUAGACCUUUUACUGUAUGUGGGAUUAUUUAAGUGUAGGGUUUAAAAAAAAUUGACUGUCAAAUUAGUUUUAACAUUUAAUGUAAGAAAUGCCCAAUAUGUAGAUAUUAUAAUAGACCAGGAAACAAUGGAUGCAGCAAACUAAUGUGGAUGUGUGUUCAAAAAUGACACAUUAUAAGUAAGUAAAAUAAAGUGUCUCAAUUAAAGUAUUUGUAAUUUACAAAUGGGGUGAGCAAGAGCCUUGACUGAAAUCCUGUUGGAAGUCUAUGGGGUUACCUAAAGAGAGGAGCCUUUAAAAUUCAACAGUUUGUAGUACUUUUUCAAAUCAGAGUGGAUGCAUUUUGUCAGGUCGGUGUCCUAUGCUGAUAGACUCCUACCCUACUCCUACUCCUAACAGGUGUUUCAAGAAAGUAUUUAUUAUUACAUCCACAUAUUCAGAUCCUUCCAGAUAUUGACCCUCUGUAUGAAACAGCAACUCUUUCCUGUUAAGGAUCUACUGCAAAAAUGCUAGUCUAAGAUCAUCUAUAUACAGGAGUGGUCUGCUGUUUUUAGAAAUGUACCGCUGUUGUUGAAAAUCUCUUUUAAAAACCUCUAUCAGGUUCUGAACGUGCCCAUAGGCUCCCUGUUAAAUAUGACUGUACUAGACCACAUCAUGAAGUAGGACUACUUCUUAACAGCCUAUUUUGCAGGUUGGAAGCAGUUUUGUUCUUGUGUGUGUGUGUGUGUGGUGCCUUAACAAUGCCACACCACCAGAUGUCAGCAUUGACCUUAGAUCCAGCUGUGCUGUGCAGAUGCUUUACCUAACCAAAAUUGAUUGUACUGAGAAUCACACUUUUCUAGAAAUGACGAUGCAAUUAUGGUUUCACACAACUUUUACUCUCUUCCAGUCAACAAGCACAACACAAGUACUGAUUAUGGGCUUCUUUUAUCACUAUGGCCUGAUAACCUGAUCAUUUGGCUUUUGCAUGAGGUAUUUUCUUUGUGCCAGGCGCAGAAUCUUUGGUUUCCAAGUCAGCUCAUAAACUUAUUUGCCUCAGUUUGUUUGACAGUUGUUUUCAACUUUGUCAACUCCUUUCAAGCACCAUUGUCCCAAAUAUUUGUUUUCCUCCUAUGGAAAAGUAAGUUACAUUCCUCUGCAUCCCAAUAUGGCUAUGUAUGUUUUCACACAAAGCUCCAAAUUUAUACUUUUGUACAGGAUAUUCAGUCAAAACCAACAUUGCGUGGUUUGCCCCUGCCCAGUACUGCUUGGAGCAAAAAGUGCAUCGCACUGGUCGGCAGGGAGUUGUGUAGCCCAACUCCAUGCAGAUGGCAGUGAAAAAACAUUCUUUCAGUGUGGCCUCUUGUCAACACAAUUGACAUUUUUCUGUGUAUUUUUAAAUGCGCUUCCUCAACUCUGUAUGAAUGACAGCAAACUCUUCAGGAAUAGCUGUUUGUCUGGCUGAAACUGGGUCGAUGAAGGAGAAGCAUCUUGUUUAGAAUCUUACACAAUAUGUAGGGCCCUAAAAUGUUUAGACUUGCCCUUUGAUUGCUCAUAUCCAUCAGGUAGAAAUCUAAUUUGAUUUACUUAAUCACUGUUUUAAUUAAUCAUUAUGAAUCACCAUUCGCAACUAUGUUUGAAAUAUACCCAUUUUUACUGUAUUGAAUGAAGAGAACGAUCUAUGACAGGACAGGAUUAUAUACUGUAUAUUUGUAUGUAUUAACAGUUUCAUGUGAAGUGAAUGUCAAUCAAGCUAAAAGAUACCACACAAGUCUCUUUCAUAGUAGUAGAACAUUUGAAUCACACUGUGUAGUUGUGAGCAAUGAGGGGUUGUGUUCAAAGACAUCAAGUAAUUUAAAGUAAAUAUUUUUCAGUGUAAUUUCCAGCAUACUUAAAUGUAGCAAAUUGUCCAUCUGAAUGAACCCUAUAGGUGCCAGAGUGUUUUCAAGAAAAUACUCAGUUUUGAUAUUACUUAAAGCAGGGGUCACCAACGUUUUUUCUUGUGAGAGCUACUUUUAGAAAAUGAAAAUAGCCACAAGCUACUCAUUUUUGUAGAAAUGAUUUUCAUACCUUAUUUCAACCCAAACAGAUCAAAUAUGCUUGUUUUACCAAAACACAAAAUGCUGGUAUCCACAACUCACAUUUAAUGUUUCAGAAUACUUUUCUUUCUAGUGUUCUCACAUUAUUAACUGAAAACCUGAAUGAAAAGCAGGCUUGCGGGCACAUCAUGUGGUCGUGGGGGGCUACCUAAUGCCCGCGGGCACCACGUUGGUGACCCCUGAUUUAAUGGUUUUAGCUUGAAAAUGGUUAGAGAUAAAGGGAUACUGUAAAUGAGAAAAAGUCAUCAGUAUGACCCAAAGUUUUUGAUGAGAGUAAAUUCACUCAUCUAAUUUGCAUAUUAUGACAUCACCAGGCUCAGAAAUUGUCAUAUCCCUGUCUCCAUGAUACCCAACAAGAUCAUCAAAAUGUCUGAUCCACUUGUGAUCCUCUUCCUCAUCUCUCACGCAAACACAGCCAUCAUCAUCAUAAUUUACAGCGGGAUCUUGAACACCACCUCUGCCUUCUCCACUAUUAGAAGUGUAUUCCCGCACAUUCCUACGCAAAGCAGUAUAGAAAAUGGAUGCAUGGAUUGAUACAUAUCUGUUAUUAGUAUGAACAUUCAAUUUUUUUCUCUUCUCUCUUCUUUCUCUAUUUUUUCCCAUUUUGACCUUUUUGGUGUGAUUUUAUUUCUACAAUGUGCUGCAGGCCAAUAAAAAACAAACCCCGUGCUCCAAAUGGCCCCCAGGGUGCAUGUUUUGACACCGCUGACUUAAACUCCAUCACAUCCAAGCUAUUAUUGUGUUUGGCACCUUUAUUUUGCAUUUUUUCAGAUCAUUUUUAAGUAGGAUAUGCAUACCGAAGGCAGU